UGAGAGCCAGCAGAAAUGAUACGACUAUUGCAGCAGAGACUUUUCACUUCACCCCAGUCUCCCUGUCCUCCUUCCAUGUAUACAGCACGACGACUACUGCUCUCCUCACGUGGAAACCUCACAAACAACAACACCUAUCCACCUUGAGUCUUUACGACACUCACACACAAUCUGUCACACACAUCUUAAACAUAAACUCAUUGGAGGAAAACUCUAUGUACGCAGUGAAAGGUCUCCACCCUGGUACACGCUUCAAGGCCAAAGUCGUGGUGACCACAUUUCUAAAACACCUGAAUAUGAUGAUAAAGCAAGGACUCAGCUUUGGCAUGGAAGCAGCUCAGUGCCCUCCUGACUGGUUGGCCAAUGGACGAAGCUGCUACACUGUGAGAAAGACAGGGUUGACCUGGAGCAAUGCCCAGCACAGCUGCAAGAAUCUGGCAGCUGGAAGUCACCUGGCUGAUCUGAAGACCCUGGAAGAUGUGCUUUUUAUAUCCUUUCACCUGCUGAGCCACAACAACCUGCUGCUGCUGUGGACCGGACUUACUGACCAGCAGGAGGAGGGACAUCCUGUCUGGUCUGAUGGCUCAGCCUAUAACCUGACAAACACUAUGUCAUUACUGCCAGCCAAUCAGACAGACUGUUUUGCCUUUCAAAGGAAUGCCACAGGAGCAGGAUACUUUCUCACUCCUUUCUUCUGUAACAUCCCCUUACCCUUCAUCUGCGAGUACCAGAUCCCUCCAGCCCCUGCCUCGUUCUCCUUUGACCUGGUUCAGGUGACAGAGCAACAGGUAGAGCUUCGCUGGAGUGAUCUCUCAUCCUUGAACUCUCUCAGCCUCUCAUCCUUUGAGAUAUGCCUCCAGUACCAAGAGGAGGCAGAUGGAGAGUGGGGUCAAGGUGAAGAAGAUAGAAGCAGGAAGUCAGAGGACAUAAAGGGGACACAGAGCCAGAGAAGUAUAAAAAAAGUUGUCAGGGUCCCGAUUUCCCUCUCCUCCAGGGGGGUAACUGUGGCAGGUUUGUCUCCAGGGAGCGUCUACUCUUUCACCCUCAGAGUCUCUCACCCUGCUGGUGCCACCUGGAGCUUAGGACAAACACGGACUGCGUACACUAGACCUCUUCCUCCUCAAAAUGUCACCAUCAGCCACAUUACCGUCAGACAGAUUAGUGUUCACUGGAUGCUGACAGACGCACAGUCAAGGGUUGGAUGGACAUUUAUUGUGCGCUAUGUGGACAUGUCUUCAAGACAACAGAGGAUACUUGGGAUGACCAACAUCUCCAGAUUGUCUGAGACUGGUGGGCUGCAGUCAUACACCGCUGUGAUUGGAGGGCUGGAGUCUUACAGGAAAUACAGUGUUGAAGUUUACACAGUCACCCAGCACGGGAUAGAGAGCUGCGGACAAGCGUUUGUGACUGCACAGACUGCUGUUAGGACUCCCAGUGGUCUGGAGGUAUUCAGCACGGCAGGAAAUCUGACAGUCUGCUGGAAUCAUCCACCAGAUGACCCACCAGAUGGUUAUUACAUCACGUCCCACCCACACAUUUACCCUGCUCCCGUCUCACUGUGGACAAACCAGUCCAGUCCUGGUGUAAACUGGUUAAAUGAGUCAGUGUGUGUUAAUAUGGGCACAUUUACUCCAGGUCACACUUAUGAAGUUGGAGUUGUCUCACUGAGGGGAGAGGACAGGAGCAAGAGGACCAGUGUUACACACACAACAGAUCCAAUGCCAGUCCAGGUGGCAGUCCCUCUUUCAGUGGGCACAAACUCUGCACAGCUGUACAUCCAGCAUCCACAGCUGGGGCUGAUUGAUGGAGUUAAAGUGUGUGUAUGUCCAGGAGUGUGUGACACUGUGUGUGAGGGAUUUUGCGGGGACACAUGCGACUGGUACGCCCUCCCUGCUGGUGUUCAUAUCAUAACUGUUGGCAACCUCAGUCCAGGAUCAGAGCAGCAGCUCAGGGUGUACAGUACAAGCCGGGAGCAGAUGGGACCACCUUACUACACCCGCCCCGUCAGAACAAGUCUGGCUCCUCCAGACAGAGUGAGGGAAGGCGUGGUGACGGAUUCAUCCAUAGAGCUGCUUUGGGAUCCUGCGCAAGGACACGCUCACAGCUAUGAGGUCGUCUGCCUCAACUGUGACCAUUCAUACAUGGUUCAGAAGGUGUCCAGUCAGAGUGCAACGUUUUCUAGUCUGACUCCGGGCAGGCUCUACUACUUUGCUGUACGAACAGAGAAGGAGUCCUUCACAGACAGUUCCCCUGUUACCAUUAACAUCACUGCAGCACCCAGCCCAGCAGAGGUGUCUCUUGUCAAUAAAACCACAUCAUCCAUAUGCAUUCGUUGGAGUACGGUCAAGGGAGUUUCGAGCGGACUCAUCCUGUCAAUCAAAAACAGAACAUCUAGCCAAGAGCUGAUCAUUUCUCAUCAGGAGGCCAGAUCUUACAGCUUUGAAGGCCUCGCUCCUGGAAGUCUUUAUACAAUUAAAGUGAUUAGCACCAGCGGGGAAAGAAAGAGUAAUCCUACCACUGUGAUCCUCCAUACGAUUCCAGAGGUGCCACAGGAAGUGGCUCUCUCAGAGCAGGUAGUGACAUCUGUGUUUGUCACCUGGAGACCACCACCAGGAGAGGUGGAGUUGUACAAGCUUGUUUUUGGCCUGCAGUCUGUGGACAGGAAAUCAUGGAUUGAAGUGCUUGUCCAGGGCGCACGUUAUGAGAUCAGGGAUUUGAUCCCAGGGUCAGACUAUGGUGUCAGCAUUCAGAGUGUGCUGGGCUCCGACACCAGUCAAGCAGUCCACAGAGAGUUCAGCACACGCCCAGCAGGAUUAUGCGCCCUUCAUUUAGACAACAUGAACUCCUCUUCUGUCUCUGUGAGCUGGGACAGUGCGUUUGGAGAGUUUGACUUUCACAGAGUCACUGUGGCCAACGCCUCAGUCACAAGCACACUCACCAUACCCAAGGAGGAGCGGGUUGCCGUGGUUACAGGCCUGGUGGACGGCUGCAGCUACAACAUGAGCGCUGAGAGAGUGAGAGGCAUGACAGCGGGGAGCGCUGCCUCUUUGACUGUAACCACAGUGCCAGCCCGUGUAAGAGGAGUGCGUGUGGUGAAUGUGUCUGCACGUGCAUUCGCGCUACGUUGGGAGCAGGCUGCUGGGUGUGUGGAUCAUUAUCAAGUCAGCCUGCUACCAAACCAGGGACAAGUCACAGUGCACCCUGCACGUGAUGGAUUCAUUCAGGCCGAUGUGGUGAAUGUUAGUCCGGGGACACAAUACAGCGUAACGGUCACCUCGGCCUCCUCCUCCUCCUCCAACAUCAGCCCUGGAGUCAGCCGCAUGAUCAAUACUAAUGAGAGCGUUCCUGGUCCACCUUUAGGCCUGGAAGGAGAGGCUGUGGGCUCUAACGGUAUCCUGCUCUCGUGGACCAUGCCGCCGGAUGCCAACAAUAUAGACGGAUAUGUCAUCAGGUACAAGGAGGUGUGUCCCUACCCCGAUCCCACCUUCACCCAGGUGACCAAGUACCUGGACAUACCAGAGACGCUGCUCACUGACUUCACCUCAGGUUCUACGUACCACAUUGAGGUAGCAGCCAUAGUUCCCGCUGGAAUAGGAGCCUUCAGCAAAUCUUUAUACAUAAAGACAGCAGAGUCCCCCCCCGGCCUGGUCACCAACUUGACUGCGUUUGCUCAGAACCACACCUCCGUCAUGGUCACCUGGUUCCUGCCGCACCGCAUCAACGGCCUCAUCACAAAGUUUGCUGUCAAGGCUAAACACGCUCGUACUGGGCAAACGGUCCGCACGUUAGAGGUCAACGCAGAGGACAUCAUGACCGGAGCGCUGCCUCACUGCAAUGAUGCAGCUGAUAUCCUGUCCCGCGCGACUUUUAGUCCCUUGGAGAUAACAGCAUCGUCGUCACCCAUCACCCUCUCCGCCGUGCCCCCUGCAGCUUCCUGGAGUGUGCCCAUAUCUGUAGGAGUUGAUCAGCUACGACCUUACACUGCCUAUCUGUUCGAAGUGUCUGCCUUUACCUCUGAUGGAGAGGGACAGAUAGCCUCCACUAUGGUCCGCAUGCCAGAAUCAGCCCCAGAAGACCCACCACAGAACUUCUCCAUAUUGAAUAUGACGUCUAGAUCAAUAUCUGUGUCCUGGAGCACUCCCAACAUUAUUACAGGAAAAUUCACCUAUGUGCUCUACCUUUAUGGGCCAACAGGAUAUUUGUAUGAAAACAGCACAGCAGACACGCGGUUUUCUCUGACUGGUUUGACCCCCUACACACGGUACACGGUGGCUGUCCGAGCCAAAGCUGCUGGAGAAGUGGGUCCAGCAGCGCAGGAUGAUGUAAUUACACCUGCUGAGGCACCCAGUGCAGUACAGGACUUGAUGGCAGAAGCCGAGGAUUCAGUUUCAAUCCGUGUGAGUUGGAGAAUCCCUGCCCAGCCCAACGGUCCGAUCACCCAGUACAAACUGCAGGUUCUGGUUGGCGAGGUUCUGCUGCAGGAAAUCACCCUCCUGGCAGAGAUGAAUACAACUGGUUUGCAUGAAGAUGAGACCGUUCCCCCUGAUGUCCAGGACAAUCCAGGGCGUCGUAAGAGAACUGCUGAGCUCAGUCUGGUCACAUCACCGCCCACUUUCACAGCUACUAUUUCUGCCCGCACGCUGCCCACUGGUGCAACCGCUUCCACCGUCACACACUUUGGUCAAAGAAGCGCUGACCAAAUCACUAACACCGACGCUCAAACAACUGCUGACUCCAUGGUCACAGAAAAGCCCAGCACUAGUUACGUUUCUGCGUCACACACUUACAGCACAAACAGUCAGUCUUUUGACUCUGCGGUCUCUGGGACCUCUGCAUUCUCUCUCACCUCUGUGCCAGCUGCUACACUUCCACCCUGGCUGACAAAGCAAUCACACGCUGGGGAUAUGACCUCAGAUUCCUCCCCCUUGGCUCUGACCCCAGGCCAGCUACGCCUGUCCACACACGAUGCAUCAAUUACUGGACACGCAACACGUAGUGUGGCAACUUCUGGUACUACAGGUGUGACAGUUAGAGAGGAGGUGAUGGAGGUUUUGUCUGAGGAGGUGUCUUACUUGGUGUCAGAUCUGAAUCCCUUCACCGAGUACACGUUCAGGGUCACUGCCUCCACAACAGUGGGAGAGGGACCUGCAACGGACAUCACCGAGAAGACCAGGGAGCAGGUCCCAAGCUCAGUGCUAGAAGUUUCCUAUCAAAACAUCAGCUCCACCUCCAUACAAGUAACCUGGGUCCCACCUCUCAACCCCAAUGGGCGGAUCACUCAUUACACUGUCUAUGGCCUCAAACUGCACAAUAAUCAGGCCUUGACAUGGGUUACAAAUACCACCAGCAUAUUGAUAACAGAUUUGGACAAGUAUACUGCAUAUAAGCUACGUGUAGCUGCAUCUACAGCUGUGGGCGAGAGCUCUCUCUCUGAGGAAGACGACGUUUUUGUUUUCACCUUAGAGGACGAGCCUGACUCUCCGCCUGUGAACCUCGCUGUGGUUGACACCAGCCCCUCCACUGCCACAUUAGCCUGGUCUCCUCCAAAACAAGCCAAUGGGAUAAUCCAACAUUACGAGGUCCUGUAUGAGAACGAAUCCUACUCUGCGUUGAUGAACACGUCCUCUAACACAGUCACUCUGAUGAACCUGAAGCCAUUCACCUACUACAAUGUGUCUGUGAGGGCGUACACACGUUACGGCCAUGGCAACCAAACAUCUGACACUUUAUACCUGCUGUCUGGAGAAGAUGUCCCAGGCAGUCCUCCAUACAAUGUUACUUAUGAGUCGGUCAGUCCCAGCGAGGUGAACGUGACCUGGGAACCUCCUUUGAUGCCUAAUGGGAUCAUUACCCACUACAGCCUAGAGCUGUGGAAUUCCACCCACUACCUAAACCUCACCUCCCUCACCAACUUCAUCCACGUCACGCAUCUGAGGAAAUAUGCACGCUAUCGCGUCAUGGUGCAAGCACACACACGUGUCGGGCCAGGAAACCACAGCAGCGAGCCACUCAACAUCACCACACUGGAGGAUGCUCCAGACACACCUCCACAGUUCCUCCGCGCCAGGAAGUUGUCAGACUAUGAGGUAGAGUUGUCAUGGGAACCGCCCCGUGAAGCCAAUUCAGACAUACUCUACUAUGUGGUCAGAGUUUGGAAUGAAACGACUGAGCUGUGGCAGAAUGUGACAGGGACAUCAGUGGUUAUUAAUGUAGACUCAGAGAGUCGCUACAACGCCUCCGUUUCCAGCUGGACCAGGCUGGGAAAUGGAGGAGUGCUGAUCUACAUCAGCUUUACCACCACUGAUGCAGAACCAUUCGACCCCCCUCAGAAUGUGACUUAUGCAAAUGUGACCGCCUCCUCUGUCACCUUAUUGUGGCACCCGCCUACUGAACCCAAUGGGAUCAUUGUACACUACACAAUUUACUACUCUGAUAACGGCACUGUCGCUCAGCAGAGGGUUCCUGUUUCAGACUUACCUGCACCUGCCUCCCCUGAUUCAGCCCUCUCCUACACUCUGACUCGGCUGAUUGGGGGCACAAACUACAUCGUGUGGAUGACCUCCAGCACGGUGCAGGGGGACGGAGGGGUCCAGAGCGAGCCACUAACCCUGUUCUUACCGGAAGACGUGCCAAGUGACUCGGUCCGAAACCUGACUGCUCAGAUCUUCAGCUCCACGACCAUCAUCGUCAGCUGGGACCCUCCCAUGGAGCCCAAUGGCCGCCCCACCUACAUGCUCACCUUACAGGAGGCCGGCACCCCCUUGGACGUAUCCAACCAAGGGGCUCCGGCUGUCAACAAGACCAUCAAGCACAACACAACUGACAAUGUCUUCCUGUUCACCAGACUCAAGAAGUAUUUCCCUUAUGUGUUCACUGUUACCCCGGCAACUGCUGCUGGCGCUGCCUACAACCACACCAGCACGUUGUAUCUGAGAACGGAUGAUGAUAUUCCUAGCUCUGCUCCAUUGCUGGUGUCCACCAGGAAUCUGUCGUCAUCCUCUAUCGAAGUGGUGUGGCAGCGCCCUCUAGAGGCCAAUGGGGAGAUAACAGAGUAUACCCUCACUCUGUUUGGCCCGGGGGGCUCCAACAUAACACAUACCCUCGACACCUCCUUCACCCUCACCAACCUACUUCCAUACACAGCUUAUAACCUCACCAUUACGGCUGCAACCCGCAAAGGCUCAGGGCCUUAUCUGAUGCUGCAGCUGCACACUGAUGAAGGAGGCCCCAUGUCUCCUCCCCGUAACCUGACUAUAUAUAACCACACAGCAGUCUCUGUGUGGCUGAGCUGGGAGCCUCCUCUGGAGCCCAAUGGAGUGGUGAUACAGUACGGCUUUAGGAUCCGAGACCUCAUCACACACACCAUCACACACAGGAACUCCUCUGGCUUGUCGACCACAGAGUAUAUAUCAGGCUUCAGGCCUCAUAGCUCCUACGAGAUCAGUGUUUACAGUUACACCAGAGUGGGCCACGGGAAUCAGUUCAGCAGCCCUGUGACCUUCACGACUAACGAGUCAGUGUCUGACGCAGUGGGGAACCUGUCUUGCUCAGGAGUGAGCUGGGAUUCAGUUCAGCUUUUUUGGGAGCUUCCGGCCAACCCUAACGGGCAGAUCAUAUUUUAUGAGAUUGUAGUGGAGGUGGACUCGCAGUCUUACACACACCAGGCUUACGCACCAGAGUACACAGUGACUGGGUUAUCUCCAGACCAGGAGUACAUGCUCACUGUGGCUGCAGUCAACUCUGCAGGACCUGGAGACAGACUAAACUGUACUGCAUCCACUCUGUCUGAAUCAGCCCCGGCUGCCCCUCGCUUCCUCACCAUCUCUCAGGUCACACCUAACAAUGUGACACUUGGGUGGGCGCCGCCACUUUCCAUUCCAGGCCUGCUGAAAGAGUACCACGUCAUCGCACAGCUGCUUUCGACUGUUUGUGAACCGAAUACACUAACUACUGCACAGCCGGCCCCAGAGGACGAACUGCCCUCGGACUGUGUGGACUCUAUUGUCACUGUGUCAGUGAAUGCUUCGGACGGAGUUGAAGAGAAUGAGCACAGCAUCACACUUCAGUCCCUGGCAAAGUACAGAUACUACCGCUUCAAAGUGGCUGCUGUGACCAACGCUGGAGUGGGAGAAUACACGCACUGGAACUACGCACGCACCCUGGCUGGAAACCCUGACGAACCUCCACGUGACCUUAAAGUAACCGCCACCUCCAACAGCCUUCGCAUUGCAUGGGGUGCUCCAGCCAUUCUCUCUGGACCAACUUCGUAUCUUGUGCAGGUGGAUGGCCCUGGUUUAAACAUCUCAACAGUCCGUGCUCCAGGAGAACUGACAACUCUCGUUGUGACUAACUUGACUGCUUUCACUCGUUACUUUGUGACUGUCAUUGCCUUCACCGGUCCUUUGGAAAAUGCCACCAGUGAUGGGAAAGCCAUCGGGCCUAUUGGAUUUCAAACACUGGAGGAGGAGCCCAAAGACCCUCCCAAGAAUGUGAUAGUAUCAGUUAUCCCAGAGGAAGUGAACCGUGUGAAGGUGACUUUCACCCCUCCAGAGGAGCCCAAUGGAAACAUAACUGCUUACUAUGUGUACAUCUACGAAAAGGGCCAGCUGGUCAAGAACAUCAGCCUUAAUAUCACCCUACAAGACCAAAACAAUCUGACUGCAGUCAUAGAGGGCCUGAAGGGAGGACACAGCUACAGCAUACAGAUUUCAGCAAAGAACGGGGCUGGGAGGAGCCCACCCAGCCCGCAUGUCCAGAUAACUACAGGCAUCAGAGCCCCAGCCAAGCCAACCCAAAGACCCCAGGCAGUGCUGGGCCAUGGAGGGGUUGCCAUGGUAACCCACAGGAGUAUCACCAUCCGCAUGCCUGCCUGUUUCUAUAGUGACGACAAUGGACCAAUCACAAAAAUCCAGGUCAUCGUGGCCGAGUCAGGGGUGAAAGACGUCCAGAACUUGACCAACUGGAAGAAUGCAUUUUUUGUUCGUCCUGCCCCUUACCUGACCGACAAGGGGUUCCCCAACCCGCCAUGUUCCAUGUGGGACGGGACGUUGCGCACAGAUGCACACAUCAGAAGUGGUCAUAGUUCGUCCGGAGGCGGGCGGCCCCUGUUGAAGCACAAUCACACUAAUGCAACAACGUACGUAAUUGGAGGGGACGAUGAGUGUCUUAAGGAGAACAACACUGAUAGUUUUUGCAACGGUCCUCUGAAGCCAAACACCAUCUAUGUGUUUAAGUUCAGAGCCACUAACAUCAAUGACCAAUACACAGACUCUGAGUACUCAGAGCACAUCAAGACUGCAGUGGACGGGCUGUUAACCAGAGAUGAACAGAUCAUUCUGGGCGUUCUGCUCUCCUUCUUCUUGGCAGUGUUGCUCAUCAUUAUCAUCUGUGGCUCCAUCAAGAUCCAUCAGCGCAAGAAGGAGGGCGGGACUUAUUCACCCAGAGAGGCAGAGAUCAUAGAGACCAAGUGUAAACUGGAUCAGCUGAUCGCUGUGGCAGAUCUGGAGCUCAAACAAGAAAAACUGAACCGAUAUUCUUCCUUCUUCUUUAGGCGGAAAGAGAUUUAUGUGAUCCAGCUGCUCAGCUACAGGAAGUCACUCAAGCCUGUCAACAAGAAGUCUUUCCUGCAGCACGUAGAGGAUCUGUGUGCCAAUGACAAUGCCAAGUUUCAAGAGGAGUUUGCUGAGCUUCCAAAACUGCUCCAGGACCUGGCCACCACAGAUGCUGACCUGCCCUGGAACAAAUCCAAAAACCGCUUCCCCAACAUCAAACCUUACAAUAACAACCGGGUGAAACUGCUGUCAGAACCUGGCACUGCAGGCUCCGACUACAUCAAUGCCAGCUUUGUCUCAGGCUAUCUUUGUCCCAAUGAGUUCAUCGCCACCCAGGGUCCUCUGCCUGGCACAGUGGCUGACUUUUGGAGGAUGAUCUGGGAAACGGGAACCCGCACCAUCGCCAUGCUCACGCAAUGUUACGAGAAAGGCAGAAUUCGGUGUCACAAGUACUGGCCAGAGGACAACAAGCCAAUGUCAGUGUUUAGUGACAUUCUCAUCUCAAAAGUGUCAGAGGAAGUCCUUCCUGAUUGGACUAUCAGAACCCUAAAAGUAGAAAAGCACGGGCACUAUAUUCUGGUUCGCCACUUCAACUACACAUCGUGGCCCGAGCACGGAGUCCCAGAGUCCUGCAGCACUCUCAUCAAGUUUGUCAAAGCUGUCCGAGCUCACAGGCACGACAACACCACUAUAGUGGUCCACUGCAGUGCUGGUGUGGGCAGAACAGGUGUGUUCAUCGCUCUCGACCACCUCAUUCAGCACGUCAGAGAUCACGACUUUGUGGAUAUUUAUGGCCUGGUGGCUGAACUCCGCAGCGAGAGGAUGUGCAUGGUACAGAACCUGGCCCAGUACAUCUUCCUGCACCAAAGUACGCUGGAACUUCUAAACAAUAAAGGCAACAGCCAAUCCAUCUGGUUUGUCAGCUAUUCUGCUCUGGAGAAGAUGGACUCCCUGGACGCCAUGGAAGGUGAUGUUGAGCUGGAAUGGGAAGAGACCACUAUGUAAAGACUAACUGAGGGACACCUUUGCCCCAGGGGUGAGUGACGCUUGUAUGUUUCGAGGUCAUUGGGACGUGACCUCUGCACAGACUCUGGACUGGACCAGUUAGAGGGAGGAGGAGGAGAAACAGGAAGCAGACAGCACAGUUUAAACUGAACGAUCUGUCAGUCGACUAAGACUUUGUUGCUCCACUUCAACUCACUUCUCGGCGCAGUCCUCCCUUUAAUGAACCUCUUGUCCAGUUGCUUUUAAAGAGAGCGAGAGAAGCAAAAGGGAGACAAAGAAUGUCAGAAUUGGCGGGGAGAACAGAGCGAAGCGGUGAGGUGACUGUGAGAGCUCUAUCACGCCUGUAAGCCUACAGGUACUUUGCACAAAUUGAUUUCACUGCGUAUUGUAAUUAUUGUAUUAUGUUGAUAUCAUCUAUGUUUUUGUAAGAUAAUUUAUUCAGCCAAAAUGGUGUUUUUUUUUCAA